CAGCCCCCGUGUCCCUCCCCGGCCGCCGUCGCCGCCGUCAGCCCCCGUGUCCCUCCCCGGCCGCCGUCGCCGCCGCCAGCCCCGUGUCCCGGCCGGCGCUCCGCCGCCGCCAUGGUGUUCCAGUGCCAGCGGGACAGCUGGGCCCGGCAGUUCGCCACCAGGGUGGUGUCGUGCCGGGCGGCGGAGCUGCGGCCCGAGGGCGGCGGGGAGCCGGUGCGCGGGUUCCAGGUGGUGCUGGAGGACACCAUCCUCUUCCCCGAGGGCGGCGGGCAGCCGGACGACCGCGGCCUCAUCGGCGAUGUGCCGGUGCUGCGCGUCACCCGGCGGGGCCCCGAGGCCGUCCACUUCGUGCAGGAGGCGCUGGAACCGGGCGCCGAGGUGCUGCUGUCGCUGGACUGGGACCGCCGCUUCGACCACAUGCAGCAGCAUUCAGGACAGCAUCUCAUCACUGCCAUCGCAGAACAUAUGUUUGGAUUCAAGACAACUUCAUGGGAGCUGGGCCGUCAGCGAAGUGUCAUUGAGCUGGACACCCCCUCCAUGACAGCAGAGCAAAUAGAGGCCCUGGAGAGGAGUGUGAAUGAGAAAAUCCGGGAGAGGGUACCUGUGGUGGUGAGGGAACUGGCUGCAGAUGACCCUGAAAUUGAAAGAGUGAGAAGCCGUGGUUUGCCAGAUGACCACGCGGGGCCAGUGCGAGUUGUUGACAUCGAAGGCAUAGACUCCAACAUGUGCUGUGGGACGCAUGUGUCCAACCUGAGUGACUUGCAGGUUAUUAAACUCCUUGGCACAGAAAAAGGGAAAAAGAACAAAACCAACUUGGUUUUCCUGGCAGGAAACAGAGUGCUGAAGUCAAUCGAACAAAGUCACAGUACUGAGAAGGCUCUAACGUCACUGCUCAAAAAUGGACCAGGUGAGCACAUAGAGGCUGUGAAGAGACUGCAGAGUUCUGUGAAACUGCUUCAGAAGAAUAACUUGAACCUGCUUAGAGACGUUGCCGUUUUGAUAGCCCGGGACUUCAAGAGCAAACCUGUUCAAAGUCAGCUGUUCGUGUUACACAGGAAAGAGGGUGACUCUGAAUUUAUGAAUAUCAUCGCUAAUGAGAUUGGAUCAGAGGAAACCCUGCUGUUCCUGACUGUGGGAGAUGAAAAAGAAGCAGGACUCUUUCUUCUAGCUGGACCUGUUGAAGCAGUUGAGAAUUUAGGUCCCAGGGUGGCAGAGCUGCUGGGAGGCAAAGGAGCUGGGAAGCGAGGCCGCUUUCAGGGCAAGGCAACCAAGAUGAGUCAGCGAGGAGAAGUGGAAGCUCUGCUCCAGGAAUUCAUCAGCUGUCGAAGCCCUGAAGCAUAAGAAACUGCUCAAAGUAGGGUUGUCUUCCCUGCUUUGCAUAAACUCCACUAACUUCUCUUCCAGAGAAUAAAGACAUAAAAACAACAGCUGGUGUGCAUA